UUCACACUAAUGACCCUGAGGCAGAGAGGCAUGUGACCUGAAGAAUCUGGUGGGGGCAGUGGGAAACGGAUGUGGUGCUAAAAACCCUGAAAGAAUUAACACAAACAUCAUCAGUGUACCAUCACAAGCAGAACCCAUUUCACUUACGCGAUGCGCGCUCUGGUUCUUAUAGUCUUUUUCGCUCAGCUGCUGAAGCCGACAUGCCAGCAGAUUCCCAGGCAGUGCGCUAACAGCGAAGCUCUGGCCUCGAGGCAGUGCUGUCCCGUUUGGAGCGGAGACGGUUCUGCAUGCGGAGCUCGUUCUGGUCGGGGAAUUUGCCAAGACGUGGCCGUGUCCGAGCAACCCGAUGGCCCCCAAUACCCGUUUAACGGGGUGGAUGACAGGGAGAGAUGGCCCCUCACCUUUUUCAACCGCACUUGCCGUUGUCUCAGAAACUUUAUGGGUUUCGAUUGCAGUGAGUGCGCAUUUGGCUACUUCGGGACAGUUUGCACUGAAAGACGCGAGACGGUCAGAAGAAAUAUUUUCCAGCUUUCAAAGGCCGAAAGGCAGAAGUUCAUCUCUUAUCUUAAUUUAGCCAAAAAUACCAUCAGCCCAAAUUAUGUGAUAAUUACAGGCAUCUACAACCAAAUGAGCAACUCAUCCGCUGCAAUGUUUAAAGAUGUUUCCAUCUACGAUCUGUUUGUCUGGAUGCAUUACUAUGUUUCCCGGCCCGCUCUGCUUGGAGGGGAGAAUAAUGUAUGGAUGCAAGUAGAUUUUGGACACUGGGCCCCAGCCUUCUUGCCAUGGCACAGGGUAUUUCUGCUUCGCUGGGAACAUGAGAUAAGGAAAGUAACGGGAGACUUCGACUUUGCCAUUCCAUACUGGGACUGGAGGGAUGCGCAGGAGUGUGAGGUUUGCACCGAUGAGCUCAUGGGCGGACAAAGUCCUCUAACUCCCAACCUCAUCAGCCCAUCUUCUGUUUUCUCCUCCUGGAAGGUGAUUUGCUCCAGAGAACCAGAAUACAGUAUGAGAGGUAUCUUGUGUGAUGGCACAGAGGAAGGACCUCUAUUGCGCAACCCUGGGAACCAUGACCGGAACCUGGUAGAUGGACUUCCCACAUCCUCUGAAGUGGACUUCACUCUCAGUCUGUCCCAGUAUGACACUGGAUCAAUGGACCGCAUGGCCAACAUGAGCUUUAGGAACACACUAGAAGGUUUUGGAAAUCCUGUCACAGGCAUCGGGAACAGCAGCAAACUUGGCAUGCAUGCAGCACUACACGUCUUUAUGAACGGCACCAUGUCCUCAGUGCAGGGCUCAGCCAAUGACCCAGUUUUCCUCCUACAUCAUGCCUUCAUAGAUAGCAUCUAUGAGCAGUGGUUGAGAAGGCACCAGCCAGAAAAGUCUCACUACCCCACAGCCAAUGCACCAAUUGGCCACAACAGUGAAUACUACAUGGCGCCCUUCAUGCCGCUCUACCAGAAUGGGGACUACUUCAUUUCCAGCAAAGAAAUAGGCUAUGAAUACUCUUACCUCCAAGACCCUGGUCAGCGGUUUGUAGAUGGCAUCGUGUCCUAUCUAGAGGAAGCGCGUGGGCUCUGGCUUUGGCUCCUGGGUGCCGCGGUCCUGGGCGCAGUUUGUUGUGCACUUUUGGCUGUGGCGCUGGCUAAACUCCGCAGACUUUUAUCAAGACGAGGGAACAGAAACCCAGAAAAGCACUCGCUCAUCAGCAGCUCCGAGGGCUCGACCGACUCUUACCAAGCCAUGAUGCCGUGAAGCGCGUGACCGCAAGGUGGCGACAGUGUCCAUGACGUCUCAUCCAGCUACACCAAAUAUUCAAUAAGCGAGGAGUAGGAAAAUAUAUACAUGUGAAAGUUGGCUAUGGGGCGAAACCGACUAAAUCCAUUAUGAUUGUAUUAUUAUUAUUAUUAUUAUUAUUAUUAUUUUAUUUAAGAAUAAAAUGUAGACAAUUAAGCCUUUAUUUCAUUCAUAAUCCUGAGGAUGUAUUUUAACAUGAUGCUU